AUGCUAAAUGAUUUACGUAUUAUUUUGAAACGCACAUUAACUAGUACAAACUUAAAGUACGCGACCGAGAUUCAACGAUUUCGAUCGCAUGUGAUGCCUUACAAGCAUAUCGAUAGGCUUGUAAAUUAUACGGGAAAAUUCAAAGCUGUUGUUAUACCUGGCGAUGGGAUCGGGCCGGAAAUGUUGCACCAUGUUCGUGAAAUAUUUGCUUUGGCCGAGGUUCCAGUCGAAUUUGAAGAGGUUUCAUUAAGUUCUGAUAUGUCAAAUGAAGAAGUAGAGAUGGAGAACGUUAUCAAAGCAAUCAAGGCCAAUGGAAUUGCUAUAAAGGGUAACAUUGAAACGAAGUUUGAUGAUCCCGAAUGCAAGUCUCGUAAUGUGGAGUUGCGGCGCAGACUUGAGCUGUAUGCUAACGUAUUACACUGUAUGACUAUUCCUACAAUUCCGACUCGCCACAAAAACAUCGAUAUGAUUUUGAUCAGGGAAAAUAUGGAAGGAGAAUAUUCAGGUUUAGAACAUGAGGCGAAACCAGGAAUUGUUGAGAGCUUGAAGAUCGUUACGCGUAAAAAUAUUGAAAGAAUUGCUCGCUUUGCCUUUGAGUAUGCGCAAUCUUAUGGACGCAAAAAGAUAACAGUGGUGCAUAAAGCCAAUAUUCAGAAAUUAGGUGACGGAUUGUUUCUUAAAGUUUGUAAAGAAAUGGCUGAAUUACAUUAUCCUGAUAUAGAGUUCAAUUCGUUUAUAAUUGAUAACGCCUGUAUGCAACUUGUUUCCCGCCCUCAACAGUUUGACAUAGUACUGAUGCCAAAUUUAUAUGGCAAUAUAAUUUCUAACGUGGCUUGUGGUCUAGUUGGUGGUCCUGGAUUAGUUUCUGGUAUUAACGUUGGCGAUGAUUACGCAGUUUUCGAAACGGGGACACGCAACACAGGAACAUUGUUAGCCGGUAAAGAUCUUGCAAACCCUACUGCUUUCAUCCGCGCAAGUACUGAUAUGUUGCGAUAUCUUGCUCUGAAUAAUUACGCUGACUUGAUCUCUGACGCGCUGUAUAAGGCUCUGACUGAGAAAGGCAUUCACACUGGAGAUAUUGGAGGCACUGCAAAGACAAGCGAGUUAAUUAAAGCCGUUAAGGAGAUACUGCUAUCAAGUAUGAGUGCAAGUUCUUGA